AUGUCUCGUCGCAACAGCAGCGUCGUCGCCGUCGACGUCGACCAGGCGCGCAAGCUCUCCGUCGCCAUGCCUGAUCUCAAGCACGUCUCCCACAGCGCCAACAAGGCCACUGAGCUGGAGCGCAACAUGACACUGCGCGAAGGCAUCAGGCUCUACCCCAAGGCUGUUGCUUGGUCCGUCCUGCUCUCCACCGCUAUCAUCAUGGAGGGAUUCGACAAAGUCCUCAUCAGCUCUCUUUUCGCCGCCCCAGCUUUCAAACAGCGAUAUGGCUCCCAGCUCGCCAAUGGAGAUUGGGAGAUCACCGCAGCAUGGCAGUCUGGCCUGCAGAACGGUGCCUUUGUUGGUGAAUUCUUCGGUCUGCUCCUCAACGGUUACAUUGCGGAUCGUUUCGGCUACAGGAAGACGAUGAUGGGCGCAUUGUUUGUCGUCAACCUCUUCAUCUUCAUUGUUUUCUUCGCCCAGAACAUUCAGAUGCUCCUUGUUGGCCUUAUCUGCUGCGGUAUUCCGUGGGGUGUCUUCCAGACGUUGACCUGCACCUAUGCCGCAGAGGUCACGCCCGUCCCACUCCGCCCUAUCCUUACCACCUACGUCAACCUCUGCUGGGUCAUGGGCCAGUUCCUCGCUUCCGGUGUUCUCAAGGGCGUUGCCCUCCGUCCCGACCAGUGGGCCUACCGCAUCCCGUACGCGCUGCAGUGGCUUUGGCCUACUCCCAUCCUCAUCGGCAUCUACUUCGCCCCUGAAUCUCCCUGGUGGCUCAUCCGCAAGGGUCGUGAUGAGAUGGCCAAGGCCAUGGUGCUGCGCUUGACCUCACCUGAAAAGCUCACCAACUUCGACGCCGACGAGGCCAUUGCUAUGAUGCGUCACACCAACGAGCUCGAGAAGGCUGUUUCCGAGGGCACUUCCUACGUUGACUGCUUCCGCCGAACUGAUCUUCGCCGCACUGAGAUCGCCGCUAUGACCUGGUUCACGCAGGCUUUCUGCGGUGCUGCCCUCAUUGGACAAUCGACCUACUUCUUCGUCCAGGCCGGUCUCAGCGAGUCCAAUUCCUUCUCCAUGUCGCUCGGCCAGUACGCCAUUGGCGCCGUCGGUGUCUUCAUCGCUUGGAUACUCAUUCCUCGUGUUGGUCGUCGCACCCUCUACGUCUACGGCGAUCUGGCCAUGGUCACCAUUCUACUCCUCAUCGGAUUCUGUGGAAUCAUCCCCAAGGGCAACCAAGGCGCUCAGUGGGCCAUUGGUGCCCUUCUCCUUGUUUUCGCCUGCGUCUACAACAUCACCGUCGGCCCCGUUUGCUACGCCAUUGUCGCUGAAAUCCCGUCCACCCGUCUCCGCCAGAAGACGGUCGUCUUGGCCCGCAACUUCUACAAUCUGGCUUCCUGCGUCGCCAACGUCUUGACCCCACGCAUGUUGAACCCCGGUGCAUGGGAUUGGGGCGCCAAAACCGGCUUUUUCUACGCCGGCACCUGUUUCCUCUGCUUCGUCUGGGCCUUCUUCCGCCUUCCCGAGGCCAAGGGCCGCACCUACGCCGAGCUCGACACUCUGUUCGAGAAGAAGGUUCCUGCACGCCAGUUCAAGCACACGGUUGUCGACAGCUUCCACGUCGAUGGCGAUUCCAGCAGCGACUAUGGCAUGGAGAAGAAUGGCGCUCAUACACAUCUGGAGACCGUCCAUUCCAAGGAUAGGGCGUAG